CUUUAAUCUAACGAAGCCACCGCUCCGCAUAUCUGCAACCGAAAACAGCGGAGCCUUCAUGGAUAAUCAUGAAAUUCCACCAGUGCUCUAGGACGUCUUUCUGUGCCAGCUAGAACUGGAUCAGGGAGGAGACUCAUUUUCCCCCCUUAACUACUCGCCUACCCAUCCGGACAGCGCUUCCGUUCGCUCUGGACCCUGAGCAGCGAUACACAACUUCCACCCAUUCCUGAAUCUAAUCGACUCAUUUUCGCGAAGCGGAGCAAAGAGCCCGAAAACUCAAGGGUGUCUCCGAGAUUUUGUGCUAUAUCAGAGCCGAUCCCGAGCGUCAACUUUACGCUCAGCUGACGCUGACCGAGCCCUCAACUCUGAACUUCCUUCCUAAUUCCUCACAUCUACCCGGUGUUCCCUUAUAGCGACAGCUUCAGAAAACAAUGUCGACCGGGAUUGACAAGCAACUUCCUCAGGAUCUGUGGAGUCUUCCAUUCAUCAACAGAGGGAUUUCCGGUAUUGUCUUUGCUGUGGAUGAAUUGUCAGUCAUCAAAACACCGGCUGGAGGGGAGAACAAUUGUCAGGAACUUGAGAUCGAACGCAAGAUUCUCGAGAGGCUGGGGGAGCAUCCUCGCAUUGUGAAACUUCUGCGGAUCGACAGAGAUAUGAUCAUCCUUGAACGUCUUCAAUACCCACUUCGCGUACGGAUUCAAGAACUCCAAGACAUUAAGGCGAAACCCACGGUGAAAGAGAUUCUGAAGUGGUCUGCUCAAGCUGCUGAGGGUAUGCAGUACUUGCAUUCCAAGUCUGUCUUUCAAGUUGACAUUGGUCCUCAUAACCUUCUACUUGACUGGGAUGACAACAUCAAAUAUUGCGAUUUCUCUGGGAGUUCGCUAGAUGGCCGAGCAGCCCUUGUAUCAGCCAGCCUAUAUGCUCAGCACCCUUCUUUCUCAGUCAAUUCCCCUUCAGUACAGUCCGAGAUCUUCUCACUUGGCUGUACGAUAUUUGAAAUUUCUACGACUCACCGAGUGUACGAAGGAAAGGGAGAAACGGAGGUACAGAAUCUGUUUGCCAAAGGGCAUUAUCCGAAGACUGAAGAUCUCUUGCUUGGUUCAACUAUCCUCAACUGCUGGACUGAUCGAUAUCAGGAUGCUGGGCAGGUCGCUGCAGACAUCAGAGAAAUCCAGAGACGAAUUUUGCUCGGUGAUCUGAGCCUAUCGCUUUAUGACUUAGUCCAGCAUAGGAGAAAUCAACAGUGUCGUGAAGCCUCAACAAUUGUUCGAUCGUUUCUUGCUACUAUAGCAUUCUACCGUCGAACCUUAUUCUCCACGGCCGCCUUUAUAGCAAGAUGGGUAUGGCAGAAUCUUGCAAAUGGGCCCCUUCGAACUUCACGGAAAAGGUGUCAGGAUGUCCCGUAAUGAGGAGAAUAAGUUCUCUUCUGCUAGUGGCGACCUUGACUCUGCAUCAAUUCAAGAAACUCUAUCUCGCGUGGUCAGCAUUCAGCUGAAUAUCGGAAUGCGAAAAGCAUUUUCGGGGACAGCUCACAAUGAUAAUACGUUCCUCUGGAUUGCGGCAUGUGGGACACUCAAUAUCCCGUCUUGAAGAGCCGAACCGCCCAAUCUCCUUCCGCUCCGCAUGUUCGUCAUCGCAAUGACGAUAUGUACCUCGAUUUUGAGGGCGGUCACAUCGGUUGUAGGACCUGUGAGACAAUCGGUGCUUUGGAUCCGCUGUGCACCGCGAAGAAGUGAGGGGAAUUUCUAUGUACGUGCACAUAUUUGAUGAUAGUCUGGAAAAGUAAUGAGGUUGCUUGUAUUGUCUUC